AUGUCAUACCACGUAUUUUCAUUUCAGAGUUCUCCAACUUUGUCCUCACAAUCUUUACCACAGAUUGAUUUUACCAAACUCCUUCCUAUUGCGGAAGACUUAAUAACGAAUCCAAAUUACCACAAUCUUAAUCCGUUUUUUCUUUUUUCUACGUCUGUGCACAGACUCUACAAGUGUAAAUUACCUUGUCAUCCGCAUGAAACUGCAAGACUCAUAAGCUAUUGGUGGCAUAGCACCAUACCUUUCAACAUUAAGUCUCAAUUUCACCUCUUAGUUUACUCAGCUAAGGAAGGAAACGUAUCAACGUCUACAGUCGAGAAAAGGCUUUCCGAAAGUCAACCGUUUCAGAUGGGAAAGCAGUAUAUUUUUGUUACGGACCCGACCGUAAACUUGGCCGUAAAAAAACAAAAAGAGGAUGAGGACAAUCGCAUGUUUUCUCAUUAUACAUUUCUUUGA